AUGGGCAGGACGCUUGUCCGCUCUCACACGCACGUACAAAAACAUUUCUUGACAGCUUCGACUUCAAGAGCCCAAUCUGGGUCUGUAGCCUCGAAGGGCGCCGUUGCAUCACAGACUCCGCCUCCACCACCACCACCGUCUCAACGGAGAUGGGGAUACUUUUUGCAGACUUUGGGACGUGUGACACUCGUAACAGUGAUCGGAGCUUCCGCCACCUUCUACUACAUCGCACAUAAGGAAAAAAACCCGGGGCCACAACUCCCGUUCGAUCCCUCAAAGAAGACCUUGGUUGUUUUGGGCAGCGGCUGGGGAGCGACGAGCCUCCUUAAAGGGCUCGACACCAGCGAUUAUAACACUAUCGUUGUCUCACCAAAGAACUUCUUCCUCUUCACGCCUCUCCUUCCUUCCGUUGCAGUCGGCACGCUGAAUGCACGAUCUAUCCUACAGCCUACUCGCUACCUGACGCGGCACAAACAACGUCAGGUCUUAGUCAUUGAAGCAGAGGCCAAGGAAGUUGACCCGGUUAACAAGACUGUUACGCUCUCAGAUGACUCUGAGAUCCGAGGCCAAAUAUCCAGUACGACCAUACCGUACGACUAUCUUGUAUAUGCUGUCGGGGCCGAGACGCAGACAUUUGGUAUUCCUGGCGUGAAGGAACAUGCAUGCUUCAUGAAAGAACUGCAUGAUGCUGAGAAGAUGCAAAGACGCUUUUUGGACUGCGUAGAGACUGCUGCUUUCCCAGGCCAAAGUGAUGAGGAAAAAGACCGGUUGUUGCAUAUGGUGGUGGUGGGUGGUGGACCAACGGGUAUCGAACUCAGUGGCGAACUCCGUGACUUCUUGGAGGAGGAUCUCAAGUCAUGGUACCCAGAGCUUGCCUCACGGAUCCGCAUCACGCUUGUCGAGGCUCUUCCCAAUGUCCUUCCCUCAUUCAGCAAAGAACUGAUUGCCUAUACCGAGCGCACGUUCAAGGAGUCCGACAUUGAUAUCCUCACCAAGACCAUGGUGAGGAAGGUCAACGAGAAGAGUGUCGUUCUCAAGGGCCCCGAUGGUGUCGAACGGGAGGUGCCGUGCGGGAUGGUUAUUUGGGCUGCUGGCAACACUAGUCGCCAAAUAACACGGGAUCUGAUGGCGAAGCUCCCUGAAGACCAGACGAAUAAGCGUGGGAUUUCCAUCGACGAUCACCUCCGCAUGAAGGGAGCCAGCAAUAUCUUCGCUAUCGGGGACUGUACGGCCUCGUCUUACGCUCCGACUGCCCAGGUCGCAAGCCAACAGGGUUCAUAUCUCUCGCGCGUGUUCAAGUUACUUGCGAAGAAAGACCAACUCGAGGCUGACUUGUCGCAUGUCAAAGACAGCGACCAGGCAGAGAAACUGAAGAAGCAGAUAGACAAGGUCAAGUUGAAGCCUUUCCACUACAGCCAUCAAGGCUCGUUGGCCUAUAUCGGCUCGGACAAGGCGAUUGCCGACUUGCCUAUUUUUGGGCGUGAGUGGACGAGUGGAGGUGUUGCGACGUUCAUGUUCUGGCGGAGUGCAUAUCUGAGCACUCUGUUCUCCCUGCGAAAUCGAAGCUUGGUUGCUGGAGACUGGAUAAGGGUGAAGUUAUGGGGACGGUGA